AUGAAUACAGAACAAUUAGAUCAAUUACACCAAGCAAUUCAAUUGUUUUGGGGAUUUAAACUUGGAGAAUGUGAACAAAUAUUGGUAAAAUAUAAUAGUCAAUUACCAUUGUUUGCUCUAUUGUAUGCGGAUAUUGCAUUUAUUAAAGCAGUAUUAACAGAGACAAAGGAAGAUAACGAAGAAGCAUCCAAGAGAAUCGCCGAGUGUAAAAAGUUGGCACGUGCUCUUCAACUCUCACAGAAACCAUUGUAUUUGAAACAAGAGAAAGACGAAAAGAAGCUGUCGAGCAGCGCAAACAACAAUGGUUCAGAUUCACAGUCGGCUUUCACCAGAGCCGAGUAUCUCAUUGCCAAGUUGGUGUAUGCAGAGACUAUGGUCAUGAAAGGUAUCAUAGAAUUCAAGGCACAGAACAACAUCAAGGCCGGUAUGUCAUUUAGAAAGUCGUGGAAGCAGUUUUACCAAGCGUUCGAGCAAGUAGUACAGCUGCCAACUACAUUCCCAGCUUAUCAACACCUCGUUAGUUUAGCUUAUUACGGUGUUGGAAUAUUCCAUUUCCUCGUCUCCGUUGUUCCACCACAAUACGUCUGGUUGGUCGAAGGAAUUGGAUUCAAAGCAAACAGAAUGGAAGGUUUGAAGGAAAUUAAAUUAUCUGCAGAUGUAACCACUGGAAUUAGAUCUGUCAUGGCAAAAUGUUGUUAUACUUUAUUAUAUGCAUUCUUUUUCGAGGAUUUCGAAGCAGCCGCUCCAACAUUAAAGGAUCUGUUGGAGAGAUAUCCGGAUGGAGCAAUGAUAAAUUAUAUGUCAGGAGCAAUCUUGAGAAAGCAAGGUAUAAUUCAACAGUCGUCGGCCAGCUACAAUAAUGCUCUGAAAAACUCGGGUGAGUUGAAGCAGCUACAGUUGUUCUUGGAGUCGGAAUUGGGUUACAACGAGUUUUUGAAUUUGAAUUGGACGGUUGCCGAGCAACAUCUCUCAAAGUUCCUCAAGGAUACAACCUCCUCUGGAUUCAAGGCAUUCAUUCAGUAUCAGCUGGCCUAUUGCUACGAGAUGAUGGACAACCGUGAACAAGCGCUGACUGUGAUGUCCGGUGUCGAGCAAAACGUCAGAAAAGGAUACGAUUUCGAUGAGUUCUCUCUCCGUAAGGCCAACCGUUACCUUAAGAACAAGAAACUGAAUGCAUUCGAACGAGCAUACGCACAGUCCGCACUACUAAACGAAGCACACAAUUUCGAAGCAUCCAACAAGAUUAUCUUGGAGGCACUCACAUUGCCAUCGCUGACACCUGAAGAGUUGGCCGCCGGAAACUACAUGGUCGGUGCAAACUAUCAACAAUUAGAUCAACGAACAGAAGCAAAGAAAUAUUAUUCAACAUCUUUGACAUAUGAAAAACAGAUAGGUUACGAUCAUUUUAUCGUUCCUUAUUCAAAUGUAGGAUUAGCAGAGAUUGCAAUUCUCGAGGAUAAGAAAUCAGAUGCCAAAGCUCAUAUCAAGAAAGCUAAAUCAUACAACUCCACUCAAUAUGAUUUCCCAUCGAUCCUUGACUGGAGAGCAAGAAAAUGUCUUCAACAACUUGGAGAGUUUUAA